AUCAAAGCCAGCUCUGCGUUUCAUUGGUGAGAGACUAGCCGUCGUCUCUGACUCUCGCGGUACUGCUGCACGAAGAUGGCGGCCGAACUGGUGGAAGCGAUGAACAUGGUCAAAAGUUUCCGGGUCUCAGACCUGCAGACGCUGCUGGCCUCGAUGGGCCGCAGCAAAAGUGGGCUGAAACAGGACCUGGUGGGGCGUGCGCUGAGGCUGGUGCAGACCGAAUACAGCCCAGAGCUUCUGAAGAACGUCAGGCAGCUCUAUGAGUCGCGCUUCCCCAAAACAUCUGGCUGGCUUGCGGCACGGCGUCCAGAGGGCGUCCCAGUUGCCUACUCAUCCCUCAGCUCCUCCCCCACUGCCACCUCUCAGGGCGCAGACUACCUCAACGGCAUUUCCAAACCAAUCCCCACACCUGCAGCAGAGGUCAAGCUGGUGCCUCUGCCCUUCUACCAAACUUUGGAGACACUGUUGCAACCAACAGAGCUAAUUGCCCAGAACAAUGAGAAACUGCAGGACAGUCAAUGCAUAUUUGAGUUAACACCGAACCAAGCAGACCAGAUUAGAAAUGCAAGUGAGCUUCGUCCAGGAAUCAGAUCAAUCCAAGUGGUUCUGAGAAUCUGCUACACAGACUCUAUUGGUGUCCAGGAGGACCAGUAUCCUCCCAACAUUGCUGUCAAAGUCAACCAGUCCUACUGUCAUGUGCCGGGCUACUACCCCUCUAAUAAGCCUGGCGUUGAGCCCCGUCGUCCUUGUCGUCCUGUAAACAUCACUCCCUGGUUGCAUCUCUCCAACGUCACCAACAGAGUCACCGUCACCUGGGGAAACUUUGGCAAGCGGUACUCUGUGGCCGUGUAUUUAGUGAGGGUUUUCACUGCAGCAGACCUCUUCAGCCAACUCAAACUCUGCUCUGUUGAGAGUGCAGAACGCUGUUGUGAGCGCAUCCAAGACAAACUACGUUUUGAUCCAGAGAGUGAAAUUGCGACCACAGGCCUCCGGGUUUCUCUCAUCUGUCCAUUGGUGAAGAUGCGGCUCGGUGUGCCAUGUCGAGUUUUAACUUGUGCCCAUCUUCAGUGUUUCGACGCAGUCUUCUUCCUGCAGAUGAAUGAGAAGAAGCCCACAUGGACUUGCCCUGUCUGUGACAAGCCCGCUCCCUUUGAGCUGCUCACUAUUGAUGGGCUGCUAGCUGAGAUUCUGAAAGAGACGAGUGAGGACAUUGAGGAGAUUGAGUACUUAACCGACGGCUCCUGGCGACCCAUCAGUGAUGAGAAGGAGCGGGACAGAGAAAGAGAACGCAGCGACACACCAGAUUAUCCUGUUGUUGAUAUAUGCAUUCCUGAGGCAAACGGUCACUCACCGGCCCACAGCAGCACCAGCCUGACGGGCAAAUCUGGAAGCGGUUCUGUGGGGAUGUCAGGAUCCGCAGGAGGAGCUGCUGGGGCACCGGGAGGAGGUGCAGUGGUAGAUCUGACUCUUGACUCCUCGUCUGAGGAGGAAGGGGGCGGGGCAGGAGGAGACAGCGAGGACACUGAGGACAGCGCCGACAGUCCUGCCCCAAAGAGGGGCCGAUACAACUACGACAAGGACCUGGUCACUGCCUACUGACCCCGCAGCUCUCUCCCCUCAUAGACUGACACACACACAGAGACAGAGAGGCAGGGGGCUCAAAGGACAGGAACACAGCAAUCCACUAGAUGCAACAACCCUCCCAUAUGCCCAAACGUCGGAGCCUUUUAGCAGCUCUGGUUUCUAUUCAGUCAAAAAUAAACACACUCAAACAUGCACUGCUAAUGAAUCUUCAAUCUAGAGUGAUUAGGAUUCCUCUUUGUACUGUACACCACUGGAAGCAACUCUAACUCUUUUUGGCCAACCAUCACCUUGCAGUGAAUAUCUGUACCGUCCUGCCUCUACCUAAGAGACUGAAUGGAUCGUGCACCCCGCCACCACCGCCCCCCCUUCCUCCUCUCUCUCUCUCUCUCCAGACUAUUCCCUCUCUACCACCUCAUCUCUCUUUGUAUUUGACUUGGAAUUACAGGCUCUUUUAGCCAUUGGGCGUUCGAUGUGUGCGUCUCUGAUUUUUGUCACAUUUGUGAUGAACAGGCAAGUUGAAAAUGGAAGCUCCUCAGCAGUUUUUGGUAAAAGGUCAAAAACAAUUAAUGGAAAAGAGCAUGAAACAUUUGGGGGGAGUACAAGGCAGAGAUAUCUGGAGUGUGAUGCAAAGUUAAACUUCUCAUUGUGUUUAUUUCUUUGUUCAGAGAAUGAAUUCAAGGCUUGAAAGGUUUAUUUUUUUCAGGAAUUUAUCCUUUUUUUUCUAAUUAUUAUUAUUAUUAUUAUUAUUAUUAUUAUUAUGAAGGUGCAUAACACGAUACUGGCCUCAUUGUGAGAUGCUUUCCAUUUAUUUUUUAUUUUAUUUUUUUUGUCCUUAGCUAAAGAGAACCUACCUCAGUCAUAAAAAGUUAGCAGACUGACCAGAGCGUAGCUGAGAAAGAAGUGGAGGACGGAAGCAUUGAUGAGUCUUUCUGAAGCCAAUUUUACACUGGAGAUUUUGUUUUCCUACAUUUUUUGUUUUAUUUGUUUUAUUCCAUUGUUCCAUGCAGCUCUGUUCCCUCUGCAGCAACAACAUCUUUGUUUAAAGGGUGAGAUAGUUUGUGGAUAGCCAAGCUAACUGUAGGUGUCAGUGAUGCACAAUGUUGUGGGUGGAACUGUGCCACUCUGUAAAACACAACUGCAGUUAUUGUGCUGGAUUUACUAGGAGUGAUAUAUCAGCAUUGCAUAUUGACGUAACUCAUCUUAAUUACUGUGCGGCAGCUGUGCCAAAGCAGAUCUAUUUUAAGAAUUCACUGAUAAGAAAUGGUUGUGAGAUUUUGGUGCCUUUUUUUUUUGUUUUUGUUUUUGGUUGAGUGGUGAAGAUUGGAGCCCAUUGUUUUCAGGCUAGCUGAGCUGGCCAGCAGACGAGAACCCAAGAGAAGGAGUUUUAUUUCAUUGAGGAUUUCCUUAGAUGUUUUCCCAGUUGGAGAAGUGGACAGAGAUGCAGAAUAAAAUCUUUCGUAAAGGACAGUUAUAAAAUAUGAA